GCCGGACGCAGUUCGGCGCCCACUGUGCCCCUUCCUGAUCUGGGUCCUGGAGAAUUAGCCCGGACCCCAGGCUUGGAGAUUCGAGGCUGCUGCCAGAGCGGGCCUGGCGGGUAGUAGCCGGGGCAGGUCCCAGGUGGCCUGGAGAGAACAGGCCCCCGUCUCCCAGCCUGAUGCCCCUGGUCACCAGAAGAAAGGUAAUAGUAACAGAACUUUGCACCAGCCGGCGCUCAGAACAUUUGCUUCCAGCCCUGAUUGCAGACUCCAUGUAUUUCUCAUCUUGUGUAAUCACAGCCUCUCUGUAAGAUGCAAACUCUUAAUUCUGCCCAUUUCACAGAAGAGCAGAUAGAGGCAGUGGGAUGCCUGGUAUCUGGAUGAACAGGGCAAGGAAGAUAGAUUGGGUGGGCAGAAAUGGGGGCUAGUGGAGGAUGGCUAUGAUGGGGGAACUAAGAACAGCUUCUGGACGCAGGGGUAGAGGAACCAGGGGGCAGCUGCAGGAAACCCUGGGGGGACUUAACCCUAACGCAUCUACCCCCAGUAGUGUCAUGGAUAGACGUGUAUGCUCGUGCCACCUGCCAGCCGCGGGAGGUGGUAGUGCCCCUGAACAUGGAGCUCGUGGGCACUGUGGCCAAGCAGCUGGUGCCCAGCUGCGUGACGGUGCAGCGUUGUGGCGGCUGCUGCCCUGACGACGGCCUGGAGUGCGUGCCCACUGGGCAGCACCAAGUCCGAAUGCAGAUCCUCAUGAUCCGGUACCCAAGCAGUCAGCUGGGGGAGAUGUCCCUGGAAGAACACAGCCAGUGUGAAUGCAGACCAAAAAAACGAGAGAGUGCUGUGAAGCCAGACAGCCCCAGGCCCCUCUGCCCACGCUGCCCCCAGCGCCGCCAGCGCCCUGACCCCCGGACCUGCCACUGCCGCUGCCGACGCCGCAGCUUCCUCCGUUGUCAAGGGCGGGGCUUAGAGCUUAACCCAGACACCUGCAGGUGCCGGAAGCUGCGAAGGCUGCCGUCCAACAAGGUGGACAGAGUUGGACGAGGAGACCUGGAGGCAGCAAGAGGGGUCACGUGCCAACCUGCAAGAGAAUGGGGUCCCGACUCAGCUUUUAACCACCUUGUACAAGUGAGCAUCUAACAGCUGGCUCCUCUGUCCCCUCACUAAGAAGACCCCGAUCCUCUACAAAAAUGUGGGAGUUGGGCUUCAGCGCAGGAACUGUGAACCCCAGUCCUGAUAAAAAAAGAUGGAAGGAACUGUC